AUGAGAACCAUUUCGCUGAGCUCCGACAGGAUGUUUCCGUCGUUCCAUGUUUUCUGCCUGAUGCUAGCGAUGGCGAUCCUUUCUGCAGAAGUGUCCGCUGCGAUCGAUGCGAAAACCAUCCAGAAAGCCAAAAACGGCGAAUGGUUCUCUCUUCCAUAUGAUGAAGAUGACAGAUUUCUCAAGAUCGUGAGUGUUUCAACAAUUGGUUCUGGCGACGUCAGUUACGAGAACGCUCAAGAGUACUGUCGGAGAGAAGGUUCUUACCUGAUGACCAUCCAUUCCCAAGCGGACAUGAACAAAAUAAUAGGUUAUCAAACCAUAAAAUACCCUACAUUCACAGAUUUUUGCGGAUUCGGAGAAGGGAACAAUAGGGAUUGA